AUGGCAGGAAACGUACCCGUCACCCAGUCGCUGGACGACAUCUACCCUCAGGAUGCUCUCGAGGGCCAACGCAAGAGGUGGAACAGGCUGCUUUCUGCAUUCAAGGAUAGCUAUGGCCGGCCCGCCGAGUUCGUGUCACGCAGUCCCGGUCGCGUCAACCUGAUCGGUGAACACAUCGACUACUCGCUCUAUGAGGUUAUCCCAAUGGCCGUCACGGCCGAUGUGCUACUCGCCGUAGCCGUAUCUCCCGCUAGCGCCUCGCCUACCGUUCGCAUCGCCAACGUCCAGUCGGACAAGUUCGCUACCCGUUCCUUCACUCUCGCCAGUGAUGGAGAGGUCGACAUUGAUGCAAAAUCACACGAAUGGACAAACUACUUCAAGUCUGGUCUCCGUGGUGCCACCGAGCUGCUCAAGAAGCACGGCGUCUCCAACAUUGGCAAGCUGAACAUUGACAUUCUGGCCGAUGGCACUGUCCCUGCAGGAGGCGGUCUGUCCAGCAGUGCCGCCUUUGUCUGCGCCAGUGCCUUGGCUGUCCUAAGAGCCCAUGGUCAAGAGACGGUCAACAAGAAGGAGCUUGUCGAGCUGGCCGUCGUUUCCGAGAGAGCCGUUGGUGUCAACUCUGGUGGUAUGGACCAGGCUGCUUCUGUCUUCUCCGAGAGAGGCUCGGCUCUGUACGUUGGCUUCCAGCCAGAACUCUCUGCCCGUACCAUUGAAUUCCCCAAGACCCACACUCCUUUGACCUUCGUCAUUGCUCAAUCCUUUGUUGCCGCCGACAAACACGUCACCGCUCCCGUCUGUUACAACCUCCGCGUCGUCGAAUGCACAUUGGCCGCUCGUGUGCUGGCCAGCAUCUGUGGUCUCAAGAAUCUACCAGAGGACUCGUCUCCCCUAGGCUUCAGUCUUCGCUCCUUCCACGACAGCUACUUCAAGAAGAAGGGUGCUGUCGGAGAUGAUGUUAAGGACUUCAGAUCCCAACUCGACCAACUCAUUCACAUUGUCGACAACUACUUGGCACAAGAAGAAGGUUACACACGCGAGCAAAUCUCGGAGCUGAUGGGUACCUCCGUGGACGAACUCGAGAAGAAAUACAUGACCAAGUUCCCCGUACGUGCCGACACAUUCAAGCUCAGACAGAGAGCCAUGCACGUUUUCGGCGAGGCUGUGCGCGUGCUCAAGUUCAUGGACUUGCUACAGUCGCCCACUCCAUCUGACGACAAGGAGAGCGAGGACCUUCUUAAGAGUUUGGGAGGCCUCUUGAACGAUACACAGGAGUCAUGCCGCGAUAUCUACGAAUGCUCAUGUCCCGAACUCGACGAGCUUUGUCAGCUUGCUCGUUCGGCUGGCGCAUAUGGCAGCAGAUUGACAGGCGCCGGAUGGGGUGGCUGCAGUGUGCAUCUUGUGCCUCAGGCCAAGGUCGAGGCUGUCAAGAAGGCCUGGGAGGAAAAGUACUACAACAAGCGAUUCCCCGACAUGGACGCCGCACGGCUGCAAGACGCCAUUGUCGUCAGCAAGCCUGGCAGCGGAAGCACUCUCUUCCAGGUUGCCGACAGAGAGAGUCUUUAG